GCCUCGAAACGGUCCCCCCCAGCGAAUGUUGUUGCGCCAGUCUCGUCAAGACAUACACCGUUGGGUACACUGGAGCUAACAUUGCGACUUAUCACUGCAGCGACAUCGACGGCGGCGAGGGCGUCGUGCAGCUCACUGUGACUUGCAUUGAUUGCUACACCAAGGGCACAAUCAACGUUGACAUCUGGGAUGACAUCUUCGACCCAACUCUUGAGUUUACGUUUCAAGAUGUCGAGGCGUAUGUCUUGAUGGGCGUCAACGUCACUGCCAGUGAGCAGGUCGCGAUCAACCUCUUCACAUCACAGUCGCCUAUCGGGGUCGGCGUGCCAGGACUGAGUGUUGGCGUCUACUUUGCCAUUGACCUCAUCCUCAGCUUCACUGCAGACAUGGAUCUGUCAGGUGGCUUUUGGGUCGACUUCCCUGAGCACGCUUACCUAGAGCUAGGCAUCUUUGACGGUAAACUGGAUGACACCUCAUUUGACGGUACCAGGACGGGUCUCGUGCCCGUUGUUGUUCACACUGCCUACGGCAAGUUCCAGGCAGACCUCCGCCUUUCUAUCCAGGCGGGCAUUGAAACCGACAACGACCUCUUCGGCAUUGGCGCUGGUGCCUUGCUUGGCAUCUACGCCAAUGUGGUCGAACUCGUUGCCACGCUCGAGAAGACGCCUACCUGCGCGCUCGAGCUCGAGGCAGAGUACAACUUGAAUAUUGGUGCUUUCGCCCGGCUCAGUGUAAGUCUGACACCUCUCUCUACAGCCCAGCUGGAUACAGGUCGCCCGCAAUGUCUGGGAUGAAACGAACUGGGAUGUAUGCAAUACAGAGUUGCUGACGCUGCAUGUAGGCUGACAUCGGCCCGACUGUCAUUGGAGCUACGCCCACGGCUUCAACCACUCUCUUUACCGCUCCGAUCGUAUCGACGUGCCUCGUACCCAGUGGAUCGGCCGCCU